AUGGUUCUUGAAGGAGAGGUAUGUGACAAAGGUAGGAGGCGGGGUAACGGGGCAUCUGGUGAAGGUGAGGGCGAUGAGCGUCAUGUAGGGUGGUAUGGUUUAGGGCUUAAGGCUUAUAGUUUAUGUGUUAGGGCUAAGGGCUUAGGGAUUAUGGUUUGUCACUCAAGGCUUAGGGCUUACAACUUAUAUCUUAUGGUCGUAUGGCUUAUGAAUUACGGAUUAUGGAUUAUUGUUGAUGGAUUAGGGGAUAUGGUUGUACCUCCGACGGAUGCUGUAUCAAGCCUUUGUUUAAAUCCCAAGGCAAAUACAAAACCCACCAGAAAAGUUGUUGAGUCUAAGACUGCCACUAUCAAUCCUGACAUACCAACAGUUUCACCAAAUAAACCCCUUCACCAGCCAAUCAAAUGUAGUCUAUCAUAUCCGUAUAAAAGGAACAUCGUUGCUCGUGUUUUGUUCCAUAUAUGGUCAAAAUACCUUGUGCAAACUGAGUCAAAGGUACCAGAAAUUAUAUCACAUCAAGAACAUCAACAUCAAAACUCAAAGAAAAGGAAAUCAACUUACAUAUCAUCGGAUGCCCUUCUCAAGAAGACAAAGAUCAAUUGGUUGUGUUCUCACGCAAAACUGAAAACGAUUGAGGAACGGACAGACGCAGAUGCGGGGUCGGAACCUUCACCUGCUAUAAGCAAGCAACGAUCGGUGUAUCAUGUUGAGUAA